AUGAAUUUGCUGGACAAGAUUAAGAUGAAAAAGAAGGAACCUGACAAAGCACCAGAAAUGCCAGUCUACUGGAUCGAAAUCUCUGAUUCUGCCUCCCGUCACUUCCAGUUUGAACCCGACGGUCAACUAUCUGUGAAGGUUGUUAAUGAUGCUAGACCGAUUUAUCAUAGAGUGGUUGAAUCUUUCUUGAACAAGUUUUUUCCAUCAGGAUAUCCAUACAGUGUGAAUGAGGGAUAUCUUAGAUACACGCAGUUUCGUGCCAUGCAACACUUCUCCAGUGCUGCAUUAUCUGUGCUAUCCACUCAGUCGCUACUAUUUGCUGCAGGCUUGCGACCUACACCUGCACAAGCAACUGCAGUGAGUUGGAUACUGAAGGAUGGGAUGCAACAUGUAGGAAAGCUAAUAUGUAGCAAUUUGGGUGCUAGAAUGGACUCAGAACCGAAACGUUGGAGAAUCCUAGCUGAUGUGCUUUAUGAUUUGGGCACUGGCUUAGAAGUUCUUUCUCCUCUAUGUCCACAUCUUUUUCUUGAGGUGGCUGGCCUUGGUAAUUUUGCAAAGGGGAUGGCAGUAGUUGCAGCAAGGGCAACAAGGUUGCCGAUAUAUUCUUCAUUUGCCAAAGAAGGCAAUCUAAGUGACCUAUUUGCAAAAGGGGAGGCCAUCUCAACACUUUUCAAUGUUCUUGGACUAGGAGUAGGAAUUCAGCUAGCAUCCACUGUCUGCUCAUCAAUGCAGGGGAAGUUGAUUGUUGGGCCUCUUCUUUCUAUUGCACAUGUUUGUUGUGUUGUUGAAGAAAUGCGAGCUACCCCUGUUAAUACAUUGAAUCCGCAGAGGACAGCAAUGGUUGUGGCUGAUUUUGUCAAGACAGGGAAAAUAUCAAGCCCUGCUGAUCUUAGAUACCGUGAAAAUCUCUUAUUUCCGGGAAGACUUGUAGAAGAUGCUGGCAAUGUAAAAGUUGGACAGGCUUUGCACAGAGUGGUGAAGCCUUCAAAACUUCGUGAAUCGAAAGAAAUAUUUCCUGAGGAGAAGUUUAUUCUAAGUCCUGGGAGUAAAUGGAAUGGUUUGGUAUUGGAGCAAAAUGCUACUGGUGAAGAUGCACUGAGGGGAUGGCUGGUUGCUGCAUACGCCUCAAGCAUGGAGAAGUCUUCUCACGAGCCUACUGCUAGCAUCUUGCAAGACGCUUAUGAAAAGAUGAAUAGCGUAUUCGAUCCAUUUGUAUCUGAGCUGCAGGCCAAAGGGUGGCAUACUGAUCGCUUUCUUGACGGAACAGGAAGCCGGUUUUCAUGGUAG